UAGACGUGGUUUGGUUGCUUUGUCUUUUUUGCGAUGUUGAUCACAAUCCACCAUCCAACCAACUAAAGAGACAAGCGGCAGUUUCUCCUCCCCCUUUUGGUUCGAGCAAAUCUCGGGUGGUCGAUUCCUGCGGGGAUUUUGCGCGUUUGCUACUGGUUGAUCACUGGGAAGGCAUUGACUCGUGAGGGGUUUCUACGAUAUUUGGCAACCAUUUCUAAUGGUCCCGGUUGGCACUUGUGGUUGUAUUAGCACCUUGUCGAGCGAGGUAGGGCCUAGAGUUGCAAUUCGGCGGAAAUCUAAAGCUGGAGCAACGGCAGCGUUUUCGUUCCAAAAUUGGUAGGCCUGCAUUUGAUUCCAGGGGUUGAGAUGGUUUAACUAUAAAAUUGUCCCAGUAACAAGGAAAUUCAUCAGUUUGAAAGCAGAAGUUGAAGUGAAAACAGUUCUAAGCCAAAAUGAAGCCAAUUUCAUUUUGUCUUGGAAUCGGGGCCGUCCUCUUGUUGGUCAAUCAUGGGUCAUGCAAAAAAAGGCCAGAAGACAGAGAACUGUUCCACUCUGUACCUGGAUCGGGAAAGAGUUUUAUCAGCAUUAGCUUUGCUAAGCCAAAAACAUCUUUCAUUCCUGGGAUAAGAAAGUCAAGAUCUAGAUCGUCACCCCAGUCUGCUACCCCUGCAGGCUCACCUGCCCCAGCGCCAUCGCGAGUUUAUUACAAACCCGUUCCGCAAGCUCCGGCACAAGUCAGCAGGUCAAAUUAUGGUGCCGCUUCUAGCAAGGAGAUUCCAACCCCAUCACCAAUUUAUUACAAACCUGCCCCACAAUCAUUGCCAGCUGGCUCAUCUUAUGGAUCGCCAAAACAAGAGGAGCCACCUCAAGUUUAUGGAUCACCUCAGGCCCCUGUUAAAGCAUCAAAGCCAGGUGAAUAUGGUGCCCCCUCUGAACCCAAUCAACCAGCUGCCCCCAGUUACGGAGCCCCCCAAGCUCCCAAACAGCAACAAGACCAACCCCAAUACGGUGCUCCACAAUCAAAACAGCAACAAUAUGGCCAGCCUCAAGACUCUCAACCCUCUUAUGGCGCCCCUGAACCCCAACAAGCACCAGCCCAACAAUAUGGACAGCCUCAAGACUCUCAACCCUCUUAUGACGCCCCUGAACCCCAACAAGCACCAGCCCAACAAUAUGGACAGCCUCAAGAGUCGCAACCCAUUUAUGGAUCCCCUACACCUAAACAAGCACCUGCUCAACAAUACCGUCAACCCCAGGCAUCCCAAUCGUCUUAUGAGGCUUCUGAACCCCAACAAGGACCAGCACAACAAUAUGGACAGUCCGAGGUUACCCAACCAUCUUAUGGGGCUCCUGAGCCUCAGCAAAAGAAUGUUCAGUCUGGAUAUGGAUCACCUUCAACUGAUCAACCCCAGUAUCAGGAAAACGCCGCCAAUGAACCUGUUUCUCCCCCAUCAGUAGAUAACUUAAAACCUCGAUAUACUCAGGCUUACCCACAACAAAGUUCUAGUGGAUAUUCACCUCCAUCCAAUCCCCGACCUGCCCAUCGCGCUCAAUCAAAUCCACCUCAACCACAAUACCAAAGUCAGGCACCCACUCAAACCCCUCCUCAAAAAGCCCCGGCCAAAAUUAGACCGGCUUAUCCUUACCAACGAGUGAAGUUCUUCCCACGCCCACCCAAAGAAGAGGAGAAAGAUUACACAGGCGGAAAACCAACUGUUCGGCCGAUCCGAGUUAAGCUGAUUGAGAAGGUGCCAGUUAUACCCAGAAUGCCCAUGGCUGAAGCUAUUGCACCCCGAACUGGUCGUCAAUUUCGACUUACCCCUGUUGUCGAACAGACCUCCAAUGCCAACAUCGACGCUGAAGCCAUUGAAGAGGAAGCAAACGAGUCCGUCAAAGAUUCAGUAGAGCCUACUGAGGAAGAAAUUGAAGAGCCCCAAGUUGACGACACAGAUUCCUCUGUCUCAGAAAUCAACCCUGAAGUGAUUGAUUUGGACCCUGCAGUGUCUGAGAACCAAGACCAAGGUUCAAGCCUGGAUCAAGAAGAAAGUGCAUCAGAAGCACUUGAGAUUGUUGACACCACGACGGAAUCUGUGGAUAUAAUUGAAUCUACAACCGCCAACGAAAGUGGUGAAGAAGAUGACAGUUCAACGGAUGAAUCUGAAUUGGUUACAACCGAAAACUCGAGACUCCUCUCACCGGUCGUUCUGUAUUAUCGAUACUAGUCAACCAUCGUAAUCGUCGAAAGCUAAGAUUUUUGUUAUGUUGGGAUGAUAAUUUAUACAAAUGAUACGUUUUCCGAUUCAUGCAGGUCAAAAAUUGGAAUAAGAACGCUCAAAAACUUUAUUUGAGUCAGAGGGAUU